AAAUUUGAGGUGACUGCUACUCGAGCCGUCAGACGGUUCAUGGGAAUAAUAGUGAAGGGUUUUAGUUUUAGAAUUUUGAGUGCAGCAGGACCGUCAAAAGGUGUGAUGUCGUGGACAUUUUUUUUGUUUUACUUUACAUUGACUGUAACGCUGAGUUCUUUGGUAAGGCCUUGCUAUGGACAAUUUACUGACACGACCACUGCAAUAUUAAAAGAUUACAAACAACACUUGGAUCCAACGACUGAAAGGUCGGGUCGGCUUGGAAGUGUAGAUCUCGAUACAACUAACGAUGAACCUGCUACUUACGGCUUCAAAAGUCAGAACGGAUCUCUUGCGUUCGUAACUGAUUAUCAGACUCACCCACAUGCAUCUCAAAAUUUGCCCCAGUUGGAUGCUAAACUGCAGCGCCUGAGCCCAACAGUACAGUGCAACAAUGAUUCGAUGACCCUUCGGGUCAAACGGGGGAAGGCUCCACAUUUUCUGGUUGAUGGUGGUGAUGGAUCUCCUGUUCUUCCCCUAUCCCGGAUGCCGACUCACUGUGGCUUCUCUGUAAAGCGGCUACGCAGGGAUGUGAUGUUUGUUGCCCCCUACAAAGGCUGCCAUAUAACUCAACAGGGGGGCAACUAUGUCCUGCCGCUACGUCUGUGGGGGGCAACCAUGACCAUGUCUUGUCCUGUUGCUCCCCCUACCCCAUCUGUCUCCUGCUUUUCAUCUGGCAUGGUGGUGAAGCUGCCCAUGGAAGCAGAUACUCUCAAAGUUAAAGUGUCUGGUGUUUGGGAGCACCUUUUUUAUGCCUGCCAACUUUGUGGAAUCACCAUUGAGUCAUUCUCUGGAGGAACGGUGAUCACUGCUCCAUACAAUGGACCCUGCAUUAUGAUUGAGGCCAAUGAGCAUUUGCUCUCUUUGCUCUCUGCUGUUGGAGAGAUUACCCUCACCUGCCCUAUGAGUAACACAUCAAUGAAGAGGACCACACAUGUCCCUGUGAGCGAUACUGUGUCUCCUUUGGACCCUCAAGGCCUGAACUUUCCCCAUGGUAUACAACCUAGAGGGUACCCGCAGGCCCAGGAGAGGCCGGGAAAAAACCUGUUUCAGCGGGUUCCUUACUAUUUAUUUAAAUAUCCCUCUGUCCCAACAGAAGCACCAACCUCAUCUAAUUCCCCUGUGCCUGCUUCAGAGGCCCCCCAUGUGCGACAUAGAGGAUACCCCUUUGGCCAAGACGGGCCUGAAUACCCCUGGGGCCACAGCAGACCUGAAUACCCCCAGUUUAUGCAGGUUCCCUACUAUUUAUCUCAAUAUCCCUCUAACCCAACAGCAGCACCAACCAGAUCGAAUUCCCCUGUACCUGCUUCAAAGCCCCCCCGUGUGCAACAUAGAGGAUCCCCUCGGGGCCAGGACAGGCCUGAAUACUCCUGGGGCCAACAAUGGCCUGAAUACCAAAAGCCUGGCUACCCGCUAAUGCGCCAGGUUCACGAUUUCUCCCACUAUGACCCUCAAAUGAAUGUCCUUCCAGCACCAACCACUAGGCCUUCAACCACAGCUGCUACUCUUGAAAAGUCUAAUGUCCCUAGAUCUGCAUCGAAGGCCCCACAUGUGCAACCUAGAGGAUUCAAUCAGGUCAAUCAAAGGCCGUACUUCUCAGACAAACGACGGGCUAACCCCCAUGGGCACCCUUAUGCCUUUCAGCCUUUCGAUCAUUACCCACUCCUACCAAGAUCUGCCACUCCUCCAGCAGCCGUAGGCAGUUCUGCUACCGCUACUACCCAGGUCCAACCUGAGCGGUCCUUCAGGCCCCCUGGCCAGUACCCCAGGGCUUACAGCUGGAAUCCUUAUGCCUCGGUCUUCCAUUCAGAUUACGAAGUGCCCCAGUAUCCGUAUCCAGACCAUAAGUAAUCAAUGGUAUCAACAGUUGCCAUCUGCAAUGUCAUGCUAAAUAAAUACUCUAAAUGUA